GGGAAUCUUUUAACUCGUAGAACACUCGGUCGAGUGCGGAACUGGUUUUGGAAUUCGGAGGCUGAUUUUUCCACAGGGAGACACUGCACUCAGGUGAUCAGUGAUUUUACUCACCAGUGACCAUGGCGAAGAAAGUAGCAGUUAUUGGUGCAGGUGCCAGUGGGAUAUGUGCCAUCAAAUGUUGCCUGGAUGAGGGGCUUGAACCCACCUGCUUUGAAAGGAGUAAUGACUUUGGAGGGCUUUGGCGAUUCAAGGAGAAGCCAGACCUUAAAACAGCCAGUAUCUACAAGACUCUGAUUAUUAACACAUCCAAAGAGAUGAUGUGUUUCAGUGAUUUUCCAAUUCCAGAUGAUUUUCCAAACUAUAUGCACCAUUCCAAGAUCUGGAAGUACUUUAAGAUGUAUGUAGACCACUUUGGCCUUAUGAAGUACAUACAGGUAGAGACUAGUGUCUGCAGUGUGAAAAAACGUCCUGAUUUCGCAACAUCUGGUCAGUGGGAUGUAACCACCAAAACCAGUAAUGGUGAAGAGAAAACAGCUGUUUUUGAUGCUGUCCUGGUUUGCACAGGCCAUCACUGUGACCCUAACCUACCACUGGACUCCUUUCCAGGUAUUGAGAAAUUCAAAGGUCGCUACCUUCACAGUAGGGAGUACAAGUCACCUGUUGAAUUUGAGGGAAAGAGAGUCAUAGUAAUUGGGAUUGGGAAUUCUGGAGGUGACUUGUCUGUUGAAGUCAGUCGCACAGCUUCACAGGUGUUCCUAAGUACAAGAAGGGGUGCAUGGAUAAUAAACCGAGUCGCUACGAAUGGCUAUCCUGUUGACAUGGUACGCACCUGUCGUGCUGUUUAUGCCCUGAGAUACAUACUGCCAUAUCCUGUGCAGUGCAGUUGGAUGGAAAGCCAAUUGAAUCAAAGGUUUAACCAUAAAAAUUACAGUUUGCAGCCCGAGCACAGAGUUUUAAGCCAACAUCCAACUGUAAAUGAUGACCUGCCAAAUCGCAUUAUUUCUGGCACUGUUAUUGUUAAGCCAAAUGUGAAGGAGUUCACAGAAACGGCAGCAGUGUUUGAAGAUGGAACUGUAGAAGAGAACAUUGAUGUUGUCAUCUUUGCCACUGGCUACAGAUUUUCAUAUCCCUUCCUGGAAGACUCCAUUAUUGAAGUCCGAAAUAAUAUCACUGACCUCUACAAGUAUGUCUUCCCACCACGUCUAGAGCAGCCAACGCUGGCUGUCAUUGGUUUGGUUCAACCACUGGGAGCAAUCAUGCCAGUUUCUGAGAUCCAGUCUCGCUGGGCAGCACGAGUCUUUAAAGGGCUAGCAAAACUGCCCUCUGCUGGAGCCAUGAUGGCAGAUAUUAUUAAGAAGAAAGAGGACUUGAACAGAAGGUAUGUCAAAACCCAGCGCCACACAAUUCAGAUCGACUACAUUGACUACAUGGAUGAAAUUGCUGAAAUACUUGGUGUAAAAACAAAUAUGCUGAAGCUGCUUCUUCGCAAUCCAGUUCUCGCUUGGAAGGUUUUCUUUGGUCCUUGUACCCCAUAUCAGUUUCGCCUGACUGGUCCAGGCAAAUGGGGUGGAGCUGAGAAGGCAAUCAUGACACAGUGGGACCGGGUUGUCAAGCCAACAAUGACUCGGCCUGUCAAAGCACGGCAGAGUUCUUUUCCUGUGUUAUUGGUACUGUCUGUUUUGAUUCUGGUGGUGGCUUUCUUCCUUUUUAAUUUACUGCCUCUGUAUUGAUUGCCAAGAGUCUAUUAACUUGCCAUUGUUUAAUACUGUUGAUUAUUGUUAUGAGUUUCACAUUUCCUGUUACCUUGAACUGCAUGCACUGUCUUCUGCAGGUGGUAACUGAUUUGACAUUGUCAGCACUCUCAUGGAACCUUCUUCCCAGAAUUCUAAGUGUAUAUGUCACAUGGAGAAAUGUUAGCCAAUAGGAGCAUUACUUGAAUGCUUGACAGAAUUCUGCACUUUCCUCCACUGUAUCCCCAGGUACUUUUCCUGUCAUUCUGUCUGUUCUGCCAUAAUUAUAUACUUUAUAAUUCUUUUCUACAGAAGAAGACCAAAAUGUGCCUGACCCCAUGGUGUACAGCUAUAUUACCAGUGUUUGAUUAGUGUUAGUGACUUGGGUUAUGAAGGGAUAUGGCAGGGUUUACACAUGCAAGGAAGUGUUUCCCACUGACAUCAUACCCAGCAUCUGUAUAUCGUGUUUUAUAGGAGCAAAGGCAGUGAAUUCUCAAUGUUUUCUUCAGUGGUACUGCUGGAGUAGAUCCCACUUCCAGUUCUUUUAUCUCUAUUAAAAUAUUUAGAGUUUGAUUUCCGUGUUUCUAGUAACUGCUUUUGUGGCCGCAACCAGAAUUAAACUUAACAAGGUCUUACUAUGUCUAGACAAUUCAAAUCCUGUAUCCCAGCUCAAAAAAUCAUUUCCUUUGUUACACCUAUUUGCUCACCC